AUGUUUCCCACCCCCAAGUCUGAACAGAAAAACGUACCGCUCAAUCGUGGGAUGAAUGCCGAAAAAAGACUAUGUGGACUGAGCGAUCACUUCUUGCCAAUGGGAGAACCGGACGCUUUUGAAACCCAAUUUGUAGCCGAGAGAAAGCGUUGGAACACGCAGGAUCGAGGAGGUGAUCGAUUCCAGAUAGCUCUUACAACGGCGAAUCCAGUGCUUGGACUUCGAGGACCGACGAGGGAUCCUGAAAAACGGCGUUUAUCUUAUUGUAUGGAGUCCAAACAACCGCCAUCUCUUCAUCUUCCAUCCAUCGAUACGGCCUUGUCGCUUCACUCAUCCGGCCCUGACACCAUCUCGUCUGAUUCGCUGUCUGAUCACACUUCAAAUCAGUCCGCACGCGCACUCUUUAAUCCCGAGAUCGGUCCGGUUGGAUCAGUCAAACGACAUGUUUGGGGCUUUUAUUGCUAUUCUAUCGCGUCUGAAAUAUACGCCAUAGUUUCGACCACUCUAUUUCUACCGAUUGUAUUGGAGCAAUUUGCACGAGACAAUGCGCGGUUGUAUCCGGAUUACACCCAGCCAUGUCCUGGUUCAAGCGGGUCUAGUAGUUGGCAGAAAAGGACGACAACCGGAUCUGACCAAGGGCUUUCAGAAUUGGUAAUUUGCAAGACGAAGGUCUUGGGAGGAUGGGUAAACACCAGUGUCUUCCCACUUUACGUUUCAAGUCUCACGAUCGCCGUUCUGGCUUUCAUCAUCGUCAGUAUGAGUAGUCCAGCAGAUGAUGCCAAAAUGCGGAAAGUCUUGCUGAUAAUCCUGGCGGGAUUUGGAAGUCUCACUGGCUCGAUGUUUUUCUUCCUCGAAAGCUCAUCCCCGAUAUGGCCCAUAGCAGGCCUGCUCUCGCUUGUUUCGAACGUUUGCUUGGGCGCUAGCGCAGUCUGUCUCAACAGUCUACUUUCGGGGAUUUCCAAAGAAAAGGCUUCCAAGAUUUGGCGCAGAAAGGGGAACAACGAGCAUGCUACUGACCGGGAAUACAAGGCCCUAGUUUCGCAAUGCACAUCUCAAAUCUCUGCAAGAGGCGUCGCUUAUGGCUUUGGCUCUGGAAUCGUCGCUUUGGUUUUGUGUUUGAUCUUCGUCAUUCAUCGAAAGGGUGAUCUGGACAGUCUGAGAUGGGCGAUUGGUGGGAGCGCAGUGUGUUGGGGACUUUUGACGAUACCUACUGGGCUAUGGAUUCCACCUACAAGAUCCUUUUCCUUUCGUGGUGAUUUCUCUAAUCCCUUCCGGCCAAUCAAAAGUUGUAAAGAAAUGUUGAGGAUGCUAAAGGGUUUCAGAAAUCUCUCUCAAACAAUCAAGUUCCUGAUGGCUUGGGCCCUUCUAAGCAAUAGCUAUUCAACAAUGACAUCAACAGCAAUACUAUAUGCAAAGACUUAUCUGAAGAUGGAAUCCACCAAGUUGAUAAUCAUUGGCAUUAUCACUCCCUUGAUGGGAAUCAUGGGGGCUUUGAUGUUCUCACUGGUUCAAAGCCAUCUACACUAUUUUUCAGGGGUUGAUUCGAACCUCAAGAUCCUCAAAUCGGUUGUCAUUCCCACUUGUGCAAUCCCUCUUUACAUCAGCACUUCGGUGGUUUUUGGGAGUGAUGCUUUAAGCUCUGAACGCGACAUGUAUCUGGUUGCUGGAUUUUUUGGGUUAUUCUAUGGAGCCUUUCAAUCGUAUUCACGGGCGGUCUAUACCGAGUUACUUCCACCUGGACAGGAAGCACGAUGGAAUUCACUGUUUAGCCUAACCGCAAAAGCUUCCAGCUGCUCAGGCCCGUUGGUGGUAGGAAUCAUAACAGAAAUCACACAUGACAUACACUAUGGAUUUGUGUUCAUUUUGAUCCUCUUUGUGGGAGCCUUGCUAGUCCUACAGACAAUCAACAUGGAGGCUGGCCGACUGGAUGCAGAGAAUUAUGGAUCAGAGAGUUGGAUUGAUGAAGAACCCAAACAUUUUGUCCUUUCAGAUAAAUCUGAGGAAGCCACCUGAUUCCAAGAUCCAAUACUCUCAAAAUCUUUGGGUUAAUCAAAUUUAUUCAAAACUGUUACCAAAAAAAAGGCAA